ACGACAUCUCAAAAUGGAGGACCACAUGACCAAAAUGAACAUUUUUUCUUCUGAUACAUCUCAAGACUUCACAGAUGGACCUCGAGCAGAAAUAAGUCCAGUCCCAGAUAAAGAACUUGGCCACAGUCUGCUUUGUAAAGUGUGUUCUGAUUCAAGCAGUGGAAAACACUAUGGUAUCUAUGCCUGCAACGGCUGCAGCGGCUUCUUCAAGCGCAGUGUGAGACGAAGACUCAUCUACAGGUGUCAGGCUGGAACUGGCAGGUGCCCCGUUGACAAGGCUCAUCGGAACCAAUGCCAAGCUUGUCGACUAAAGAAGUGUCUCCAAGCUGGCAUGAACAAAGAUGCUGUGCAGAAUGAGCGACAGCCUCGAAGCACAGCGCAUGUCAGUCUAGAAUCUAUAUGUGUGGACUCUAAAAAGGAGCACCUGGCCACCACACGGGAGCUCACUUCCUCUGCCACCUACUCAUCAGUCAUCUGCAGACCUCUGGUAACUUCUACUGUCCCCACCUCUGCCGCCAUACAGCCCUGCAGCAACCCAAAUAACUACCACCGCUUUAUGGUCAGCCUGCUGACUGCAGAGACCUGUGCAAAACUGGAGCCUGAGGAUGCAGAGGAGAAUAUUGAUGUGACGACCAAUGAUUCAGAGCGAAAUCCAACUCCCUCUGACUGUCGCACGUCCCCAUACACCUCCAACUGUUCGGAGAGUAUAUAUGAGACAUCGGCACGACUCCUCUUCAUGUCUGUCAAGUGGGCAAAAAAUUUGCCAGUUUUUGCUCACUUGCCAUUUCGAGACCAGGUGAUUCUCCUUGAGGAAGCUUGGAGUGAGAUGUUCCUCUUGUGUGCCAUCCAGUGGUCCCUGCCCAUGGACAGCUGUCCUCUUCUGUCGCCAGAUCUUUCUCCCACACAGCAGACCAAGAUCAGCCUCCCCACAACUGACCUGCGCAUCCUGGAAGAGGUCUUUAAUCGCUUUAAGGCCCUGGCUGUUGACUCUACUGAGUUUGCCUGCCUGAAAGCCAUUGUACUGUUCAAGCCAGAGACACGCAGCCUCAAAGACCCAGAGCAGGUGGAGAAUCUGCAGGACCAGUCACAGGUGUUGCUAGGUCAACACAUCCAUUCACUAUACCCCAGCCAAAGUGCCAGGUUUGGGAGACUGUUACUUCUGCUGCCAUCCCUCCACUCGGUGAGCUCUGAGAAAAUAGAGCAGCUGUUCUUUCACAGGAUUAUUGGCAGCACACCCAUGGAGAAGCUGCUGUGUGACAUGUUCAAAAACUAAGACACUAAUAAAAUAAGCACACAGGGAAGCCGAAUGAUACCUGUUAGAAAAACAUCAUCCACCAAACCUCAAGCAGCACAUUUUCUGGUUUGUUUCACAUAUUCUGGUUGUGGCUUCUUUCAAAUUCAACAUAAUAGCCCUUUUUUGCAGAAGAUAUUUUGAAAUAUCACAGAAGAAGUCAAGUAUGUUGUAAAAAGACUCAUUAUAGUUCAUGGCAUUCUAAUUAAA